UCCGCGCACGUGUCUCGCUUCCUAGUCGAUGGUGCUUUGCGGAGAAACUCACGUUGACUUCGGCGUUCUCGGUUCCCUCCACUACACGCGCGCAGAGAACAUUUCUCAUCCGGAAAUCAAUCCACUGCCUGAGCAUCCUUCCCAAUGUCGGAGCUCUCGUCGAUGGCGGAUUCUUUAGACGGCAAGCUAUCAUCUAGUCAGAAGAGUCAGCUCAUCGAACAAGUCCAACAGGAACUCGCUAUCGCGAACAUGCAGGAACUUCUCGAGAAAACAACCUCAAAGUGCUUCAGCAAGUGCAUACCAAAACCGGGAACAUCGUUGUACAAUUCUGAACAGAAAUGCAUUUCGAUGUGCACCGAUCGCUACAUGGACGCUUGGAACGUUGUCGGGAGAGCCUAUUCUGCGAGGAUCCAGCGAGAGUUCCGAUAAUUCGAAUUAUGGAGGUGACGAGAACGUGUAUCGCGGAUUGAAAACCUCCGAAGGAAGUAGGAGAGUUCCCGCAGAGCACCGCUGCGGUCUGGAAGAACUCAUUAUGUAGUAGUUUGCUGGCUUUUGUGAGCACUCAUAAAUAAAACCUAUUUUU